UCAUCUUCAUCACUACUGUCUCUUUGCAAUCUUUAAGUUUUCUUCUUUACUCUUAUUGAAAUAAAGAUAAAGGUUUUGAAAUCUAACCAAAAGUGAAGAUGAAACUCAUAGUUGUACAAUUCUUCAUAAUCUCUCUUCUCUUCACGUCUUCAUUUUUCGCACUUUCAAGCGCUGAUUCGUCAUGCGGUGAAAAGUGCAAUGUGAGAUGCUCAAAGAAUGACAGAAAACAUGAAGAGUGCAUCAAGGACUGCAAUAUAUGUUGUGAGAAGUGUAAUUGUGUUCCAUCGGGCACUUAUGGAAACAAAGAUGAAUGUCCUUGCUACCGUGAUAUCAAAAACUCCAAAGGAGGACCCAAGUGUCCUUGAACAUGCUUUAAAAAUCUUCAUAGGAUGCCUAAUAUCUACGUAUCUUUUAUUUAUUUUAUGUAUGGAAAAUUUAAUCUCAUCUACAUUUAAUGUAUGAAAUAAAAUAUGUGCUUCACUAAUGAAAUCUUUUGUUAUCUUUAAA